CAAUGGAUGAGGUAUACUGCAGGUUGAUCUUGCAAUUGUAUCGCAACCAUCUCUUCUCACUCCAAUACUUCAUCGCCUCGCCCCGCCCUCUCGACACGGCUCAACUCAUCCAACAUAUCUACAUACGUUCCCUGCCCAGCGACAUUCUCUCGUCACUUGAUCGCCCUGCUUCAUACGCGCUGCUGACUUACAUUCGUAAACAAUAAAAUUCCAGACAAGCGGGGUUGAAAGACAGUCACGUCUAGUGCAUCUCCAACUCGCCGCUCGCCAUUGUCUCAGACCAAAGACAGGCUCCUGCAGCGUCCAAGGAGUCCCGACAAGUGUAACUGCAUCUGCUACAUCACGUCGCCUGGUUCUGGCAAUCAACUAAUCGACGGUCCUCUCUCGAUAAUCGCAUCAUGUCCAUGUAUGAGUCCGAAUUCUCUCGUCGAUUACUCGCUUCUAUCCCUCCUUCGCCAAAGUCCUCAUCAUCGUCUCAUUACUCGCCGAUGAAACCUGGUCCGGAUGUUUUUGGAGACAUCACGCUGCCGCUGGGCAAUGCCAGCCCAAGAGGCGCGAGUCCGCUAGGCAAGAUGAAGGGUAAAGCUGCUGUUAGGGAUUACGGUGAUAGGUUCAUUCCUACUCGUGAUGGGUCCAAUCUCCAUGCUUCUUUUCAACUUAUGCCGGAGAUCGACAUCAUUACUGGCAAGGAGAUUGUGUCCCGGUCCAAGACUCGGAGAAAGAGUUUGUACGGGCAAGGAACAGAUCAGGACGUCCGUAGAGAGGAAGUGAACGCGACCUUCACUCAAAUCCUCAAGACUGAGCUCUUUCCACCGUCCUCACCGGCUUCAGGCAGUCGUUCUCCCCGCAAUGCUCCAUCUCCCAUCUCAAACGCUCGUCAUCGUCGACCGAUGGCAUUCCACCACUCCGGCAACAUCAAUCUCCCCGAUAGCUCACAUACUGUCUCCAGUGCUGGGACAACUCCGAUGCAUCAUCAUCCACCGCCCGCCAUGGCCGGUGGCGAGCGAGCUGGGGAGAGGGAACUAUCACCUGCGUCCACCCUUCCACCGCUUCCAAUGCACGCGCCUUCAACACCGACAUCGGGCCACGGAAGGGCGCCUGGCGCUGGACCAAGCUCGUCGCAUCAUCGAGCACAUCAAUCACAGGUCGCUCUCACAUCCACAUCGAGAACAGGCACCACACCACCAAACUCUCGGAAAGCCGCUUUCUCUCCUCCUCCCUCUACUGGCCCUGGCUCACCAUCUACACCGACAAGGAAACGGAUCCUCACCUUCAAUUCACCUAGUGCCGCCAGGAUGGCUGCAUUGACCGGUGGGAGUAAAGGAGGUGGUCUGGACGAUAUGAAUCAUGAGAGAUAUAGUCUGAGUCCUGUUGGCAAGGAUAGUCAACGUGUAUUAUUGAGCCCCAGGAAAGGGGUCCGACGAAUCCUGAGGACUCCAUUCAAGGUGUUGGAUGCGCCAGAGCUCGCAGACGAUUUCUACCUCAACCUCGUAUCAUGGUCUGCUUCCAACGUUCUUGGAGUCGGCUUGAAUUCUUGCGUCUACCUCUGGAGCGCACAGACGAGCAAGGUCACCAAGCUGUGUGAUAUGGCAAACAGCGCGGGCGAGGUGAAUGAUGUGAUCACUGGAAUAGAAUGGACCAAUAGGGGAAGCACACUUGCGAUCGGAACCAAUCGCGGAUCAGUCGAAAUCUGGGACGCGGAAUAUUGCAAGAAGAUUCGCGUCAUGUCCGGUCACUCGGGGCGUGUCGGCUGCCUUGCUUGGAAUUCUCAUAUUCUCUCCUCUGGCUCCAGGGAUCGCACAAUCCUACAUCGUGACACUCGUAUACCUGAUCAGUAUAUCAGACGUCUGGCCGGUCAUCACAAGCAGGAAGUCUGUGGUCUCCGCUGGAACGCCGACACCAAUCAAUUGGCAUCUGGAGGCAAUGAUAACAAGCUGUUCGUCUGGGGCGGUACCGAUUCGAGGCCGACCUGGCGGUUUGGCGAGCACCGAGCUGCCGUCAAGGCGAUUGCUUGGAGUCCUCAUCAGAGGGGCGUCUUGGCCAGUGGAGGUGGUACGGCAGACAAAAAGAUUCGGUUUUGGAAUAGCUUGACAGGGGGUCUGGUCAAGGAACUGGACACGGGGUCUCAGGUUUGCAACCUCAUGUGGUCGAAAAAUUCCAAUGAAAUCGUUUCGACACAUGGCUAUUCCGGCGGCCCGGUUCAGAAUCAAAUCCAUAUCUGGCGAUAUCCGUCCAUGACUCAGGUCGCCACGCUGACAGGCCAUACUUAUCGUGUCUUGUACCUUGCGAUGAGCCCUGAUGGUCAGACUAUAGUCACUGGAGCGGGUGAUGAGACGUUGAGAUUCUGGAACGCUUUCCAGAAAGGUAAGGGUGAAGGACAGGAAGGAUCUGGGGCCGAUACGAGUGGGAUGGUGAAAGGAGCCGGAGGUCUUAAUCCUUUUGCGAAAAUUCGCUGAGACAAGAGAGGCACAUAUCACGAGGGACAUUGGAUUAUGUGUAUUCUAUCAUUGUAUCUACACCCAUUCGCUGCAGUUGCGACGAAUUCAUUCAUGUAUCGAGGACCUUUACAGAAAA